ACGUCUGCAACAGCUGUCAGUUGCACGAUCCCGAGCAGUAAUUUUCCGAGUCAGUGCUCUUCCAAAUCCAAUGGGGAGAUCCAAGAAGCUCCGAUCGCUGGGCAAGGGCAUCCGGCGCAGAGUCAGAUCGGCGAUGUUUGGAGGCUUCGCCGAGGCGCUUGCCUACCACACACCUCCGAGCACUGAGCUGCAUUCCUCCACUCUCGACCUCAAGUCACUACAGGGGACUCUCUUCUCCGCAAACCACGCUGCACUCAAAGAUGUUCGGGAAGACUUCAUUCUUAUCGCGGAAUGCAACGAACAGCAUGGGCCUACACCCUUGGUCAUCAUACCGAAUACGGUGAUGGUUCACUCCGAAGAGAUUUCAACUCUUGCGAUUUCAUUAUUGUCUGUGGACUAUCAGCAUGUGGCGUCAGGGAGUUUCCCUCGCGCUGACACCCAGAUCCUGCUGCCAGAAAUACGGGAAAAUCUCCACGUACUCGUAAACUAUACGGUGCUCUUGGACGCGAAGGCUCGCGGUUUUGUGCGGCCGCUGUGUGUGGCGUACGUCUCUCAUAAUAAGCACAAGUUACUCAAGGCCAUCGGGAAAGUUCGCAGCGCUCUUCUCGAUGUCUGUAAUCUCAUUAAAACACAGAAUCUCCCUCACUUCAUCAAAGGAUUGAAGAACGGUGUCACCAACAGUCAACUGGAGGGACCUGCUCUUGUAAAAUACGAAACGACUGUCGCCAACUCUCUCAAAGAAGCAGAGAAUGCAAAACUAGUGAGCCAGGAAAAAUCAGAAAUGUUCGAAGAAUCACUGAAAGCGCUCCGUGAGAAGCUCGGGGUUGAGCCCGUCGGAGCCCCAUCAACGGGACUCUGUCCUUUGGCUCACAUCGCGCCCCUAGGUUUCGCGCUGGCGGUAAAAUGGAUGCUCGAAUUACUCUGCAAAAUGCACAAAUAUGUCCCAAGCGACGAGGUGAAAUUGCCUUCGGUGAUCUACGGAGCAUGUCCGUCGAAUGAGGACUGCCGAAAUUUCGAGAUUUACGAAGGAAUGUUCGACAUUCUAUCGGAUCUCAGCCUCAAAGUCACCAAAAAAGGUGACUUGGAAUACACCGGUGGCGAAGUAUACUGCUAUAUGCACCUGAAUACUCUCUACACAUUGCCGUCUUACGUCGUUCCUUCGGCGAUCCUCUUCGAUGCGUACAAAGUCAUCAACAGAUUGGACACGUCGACCCUGCACAAUAUUUUCUAUUCUCUCUGCGUGAGACGGCCUCUAGUUCUGUACCCCGGUGAGAAAGCGGUGAAUUUCGCCCGAUUUCUCGCUCUGUUCGUACCCCGGCGAGUGGAGGAGAACGUGAAGCUUUACGUUGAUGAACCAUCGAUCGGAGCAGACUGUGCUCUUGCGGCAUUCCGGGAGGGGGUGGAUCCAAACCUGUAUAAAAAGAAAUGUUCGGUGCUUUGCGUCGAAACUUUUGACUUUCUCGGAACCAAGUACAACGGACAUCUGCUCAGCUCGCUAUGGCGCAGAAUUCAGAUGGUUCGAGAACAACCGCAGAUGCUCACUGCUCUCAUUGCUUCGUUCCUGUGCGAGCUCGAACUCCAUUCUUUGUCGACAAGACCUCUCUCCACUUGCGACGCCAGCAUCUUGAAGAACUACGAUAGGCUUUUCCAGUGAUACGCUACCGAAGAUCACGGUGUCCGAUGAGGCUCUCGGCUCCCGGACUUCCGGCGGCGACGGCUACCGCUGAAACCGUUGUGCGACACGUCGCUCCCCGUCUUACAGUGAUGGCUUUACAGAAUUCUGGGCGUGGUUUCGAGCUCAGAUGUGAAUACAGCCAAGCGGCGACAUCCUUCUUGUUCACGGAGCGUCUGAUCGUUAAUACGGCCUCCACCACGCACCAAGAAUCCAUCGGGGAACCUUGCUCCGCGAAGCUCCACGGCGCCUUCCCGAGAAGAUCUCCACCCUCUGCGAAUCGAUCAUUAUCGAUCAUUCGGAAACAUGUUAGAUUUGGUCGGAAUUUAAUUUCUGCG